AAAGCGUCGCUUUUGACCCCAAGACGGCUGCUCUGGUUCCCAGUGACGUGUACGAUCUGCAAUUGCGCAUCGACUCGCCGAUCCUCAGGAACGCGACUUUCGGCGGCGAACAGCUUGGCGCCGUGGGAACACGAGAGUUUGUACUUGCGGCUGCGAAUG